UCCGGGUGGCAGACAGACAAGCAUGGCGAGCGGCAUAUUAGCGGGCAGGGUUGCGUUUGUAACAGGCGCGGGCUCUGGAAUUGGGCGGGCCACAUGCCGCUUGCUUGCACGUGACGGCGCCAAAGUUAUAGCCGCCGAUCGGAAUCUUCAGGCAGCCAAAGAGACGGCCAACGAGCUAGGCAAUGAUCGUGCUGCCGCCCUAGAAGUGGAUGUCUCGUCGGCCCAGAGUGUGCAGAGCGCUGUUGGAGAUGCCAUUGCCAAGUUCCAACAGGCGCCCAGCAUUGUUGUCAACUCGGCGGGCAUCACUCGCGAUGGCUACCUUCUGAAGAUGCCUGAGCGCGACUACGACGAUGUGUACAGCGUGAAUCUGAAGGGCACUUUUCUGGUGACGCAACACUUCGCCAAGGCAAUGAUCGAGCAACAGCAGCCCAGAGGUAGCAUCAUCAAUCUGUCCAGCAUUGUGGCGCGAAUGAACAAUGUGGGGCAGGCCAAUUAUGCGGCGACCAAGGCGGGCGUUAUCUCUUUCACAGAGGUGGCUUCUAAGGAGUUUGGAAAGUUUGGCAUACGUGUCAAUUGCAUUUUGCCCGGGUAUAUAGACACGCCCAUGGUCGCUGUUGUGCCCGACAAGAUCAAGCAGCAGGUGGUGCAGCGUUGUCCCCUCGGUCGUCUCGGCCAACCCGAGGAAAUAGCCGAGGUGAUUGCGUUCCUCGCCUCCGAAAAGUCGGCCUACGUGAAUGGAGCAGCCAUCGAAGUGACUGGCGGUCUGAAAUGAUCGCGAACAUAUUCCUGAUUUGCAUAAGGCUUCAUGCUGGGAAAUUUGCAUUUAUUUUUUUUUUUUUUUUGUAACCGAAUUGAAUUUCUUGUUAUUUAAUUACAUUUGUGUUAAAUGUUGAUCUGUUCCUAAA